GUUCGCGCUGCGGCCGUGAAUCUGUUUGCUCUGGGCACCGGCCAGCUGCCUUGUUGUUGCUUGAAGCUUGUUCUGUUCCUUGGUUGGCGAUCUGCUGGUAUGCGCCGGUAUGCCUCCUUCGAGGCAGAAGAGAACAAAACCGGAACGGCCGCACGCCCCAUUGCUCCCGUCCGCACUUGGUCUACCCGAGAACUUAGAAGCUCAAGGUCCAACAAAGCAGGUUAAUCAGCAUCGUCCUUGCCCGCCAGAUGAAAAGCUCCGACCAGUGUUCGAAUUUUACUGGCAUUUGGGCAUGUCAGACGUUGACAUUGCCGUGCAUGUGAUGGACCACUUCGAUAAGGAGUGUUAUGGCAUAACUGUGUACACUAUCCGCCGCCGCCGCCAAGCAUGGGGCUUCCGCAGCACCUGCAAACAGGGACACACCAUCCAAAGCAUCCAUACGCAUGUCCAGGCGAUCAAGAAGCAGUUCCCGAACAUUGGAGCCGACCGACUUCGGAAGGUGCUGCGACACAAUGACAAGAUUCGCGUCCCCAAGGCACUUGUACUCGAGUACUUGCGGCUUACGGAGCCUGAGGCAGUUGCAGCGAGGCGCUUUCGCAAGUUCACGCGUCGCCAAUUCGUUUCUGCGGGUGUCCACGACAUGUGGUGUAUCGACCAACAUGAAAAACUCAAACGUCACGGCCUCUUUUGGCACGUUGGGCUCGACCCAUUUCCUGGGGUUACACAUUGGUGCCGGGUGUGGUGGACGGUCAAGAAUCCCACUCUGAUCACAAGGUACCAUCUGGAUGCUGGGCGUGCGAUUCAAGGAAUUCCGCUCACGACUCAGAGUGAUCCCGGUACAGAGAACUUUGGAGUUGCCUAUGCACAGACAGCUCUUCGUCACCGGCUCGAUGCUGCGCUCUCCGGUUCCAUUCAGCACCGCUUCUUUCGCAAGCACGGGAACAUCAAACCUGAAAUCUUUUGGUCAUUGUUCCGUCGGUCGUUCAUUCCUGCCUUCGAGCGGAUGAUUGAUGAUGGAGUUGAACAAGGGUGGUAUGACAUUGGAGAUCCACUCGAGAUGUUGGUGUUCCGAUAUGUCUUCAUACCAUAUCUCCAGCGCGAGACAGAUGCCUGGGUUCAUCUCCAGAACUGGACGAAGCGACGUGCGGACCGCAAGAAGGUCCUUCCGAAUGGUAUCCCGAUGCUCGUGAUGCAGAAGCCACAUAAAUUCAACGCAGCUGAUUACAAGAUUCCUGUCUCGAGCGAGCUCUUUGAUGAGAUAGAGGCUAUCUACGCCCCUCGGCAUGAUCCUGUGUUCAAGCUUGUCCCAGACGACUUUGCUUUGCGCGCCAACAUGGUGUGGACGGCUAUUGGUUGUCCUGAACCCCGAUUUGAUACUGUCUGGGACGUCUACCGGCGCAUCCUAGCGGGUCUGCGCAGUAUGCCCGCUGAUAACACAUUUCAGAGCAUGCUUGACGAAACUCGGCAGGCUCAUCACAUGCCUGAAGAAUCUGAUUCCGAACCAUGCAUGCCUGCUAAUCUUGUUGAUAUUCCAUUCGCUCGUCAACGUGUCGGAGAUGUGGCCGCCGCAGUGCACCCGCCAGAGCAAGCAGAGCAGAGCGCCGCUGAUGAUGAUGGCGAUGGCGACUUGUUUGCUGAUAUCUCCGAUGCGGAGGUUCUCGACGACUCAGAUAGUCAUGGAAUCGGAUUGGACUUCUUCUGAUUAGCAUGCUCGGGCUAGUUCAUACAUAGUACUCGCAACUAUCACUUAUUCAUUAU